AAAUCCUCAUAAUCGAAAUAAAAAAAAAAAUCUAUAUACAAUGAUAACAAUCUCAAAAUGGAGAAUAAUUUGCUGUUUUCUAAAGAUGGUUCAAAAAGGAACCUACUGUGCGCCGUUCCAUUUUCCCCUCACCCACUGUCCCGCUUCUCUCUCUCUCUCUCUCUCUCUCUCUCUCUCUUUCUCUCUCCCCCUUAUUUGUCGGAGCCGUGUCUUCGUCGUUAUCGGCGACCGCGCCCUUGUCGCCGCCGACUUCUUCUUAUCCCUCGGCGCUCCCCACUUGUCGGCGACGACUUCAUCUCUGCUCUCGAGCCAUAUAAGAUGGUGGGGGAUGCAGAGGCGAGAAAUCCGAUUGCUGUAGUGAACUCGCCGCCGGUGGUGGUGUUGGUGUCGUCGCCGGAGAAUGCGCCGCCUGCUGAGAAUGCCGCGCCGGCGGAGUCCCCUCGUUGGCGGAGGCGCAGCCUUAGAUACGCUGGGAAGGAGCGGCCGAACUACGCCGACACAGUUAAAGCGAAGGAGGAUUUCGAGGAGGGGAGCAGCGUGCGCAGAAAGUACACGAAGCGGAAGAGGCGGGAGACGGCGGUGAACAAGCUGCCCGAUGAGAAAAGGACGAUGGCCGGUAACGAUGCGGAUACGGCGGUGGCUGUACGUGCCUCGGAGCCGACGGCUAUAGCUAAUUCUGGAGUUGAAACCAGGGUUGUAGGGAAUGGACAUUGUAACGAGAAUGCUGUCGCUGGAGUUGAAAGAAUGGGCGAAGAGAGUGGAGGUUGUAGCGGAUGCGGCGCUGGCGAGCCGAGUAAUGGGGUGGUGAAGAGUGCGAAAACCAGGGUGAAGGAAACCCUUAGGGCCUUCAACAGUCACUAUCUUCACUUUGUUCAGGAGGAACAGCGAAGGGCUAAGGAAUUGGAGGAGGCGAUGGCUUUAAAAGCAAAGGAAAAUGGCGGUCGUGUGGAAAGGGUUAAAAAGCCAUCAAAACGACCAGAUCUUAAAGCAAUUUCCAAGAUGAUCCAGAACAAUACCGUGCUGUAUCCAGAGAAAAGGGUUGGCCACCUUCCAGGUAUUGAUGUUGGGGAUCGAUUCUUUUCGCGAGCUGAAAUGGUGGUUCUUGGUCUGCAUAGCCAUUGGCUCAACGGAAUUGAUUAUAUGGGUAUGGAGUUUAGCAAAAAGGAGGAGUACAGGGAUUAUAAAUUCCCACUUGCGACAUGUGUUGUUUUAUCGGGAAUGUAUGAAGAUGAUUUGGACAAUUGUGAAGAGAUUGUUUAUACUGGACAAGGUGGACAUGAUUUACUCGGUAAUAAGAAACAGAUUGGCGAUCAAAAGAUGGAGCGCGGUAACUUGGCAUUAAAGAACAACAUGGACAGUGAUGCACCUGUGCGGGUUGUUCGUGGACACGUUUUAAAGAGCAGUUAUUGUGGGAGAGUUUAUACUUAUGACGGCCUAUAUAAGGUCAUCAAAUAUUGGCCAGAUAAAGGUGUUAGUGGAUUCACUGUAUUCAAGUAUAAACUAAAGCGGUUAGAGGGGCAAGCCAGUUUGACAACAUCCCAGGUCAGAUUUACUCGGGGAGAAGUUCCUAAAUCCAUUUCAGAUUUGCGUGGGAAGGUUUCUGAUGAUAUUAGUGGGGGUCAAGAAAAGUUUCCGAUUCCUGCUACUAAUACAGUUGAUGAACCACCUGUCGCUCCUUCUGGUUUUAUCUACUGCAACUCACUCCAGAUUCCUAGUAAUAUGAAGGUGCCAGAAAAUGUUGCCGGCUGUAAUUGUGAAGGAGAUUGCUCUGACCCAAGAAUUUGUGAUUGUGCUAAACUGAAUGGUUCUGACUUCCCUUAUGUUUUUACCAAGGAUGGUGGGAGAUUGGUCGAAGCAAAGUCUAUGGUCUUUGAGUGCGGCGCUAAUUGUGGGUGCAGCAUCAACUGCAUAAAUAGAACGUCUCAGCAAGGACUAAAAUACCGCCUUGAGGUUUUUAGGACUCCGAAGAAAGGUUGGGGUGUCAGGUCAUGGGAUACUAUACCACCUGGUGCUCCAGUUUGCGAGUAUACAGGAAUACUUAGGAGGUCAGAUGAAGCUGAUAGUGCCCUUGAGAACAACUAUAUUUUUGAGAUAGAUUGUGUUGAGACACUGAAAGGAGUUGAUGGAAGAGAGAAGCGGGCUGGUGAUUGGUCUUUUCUAGUCAACCCUGAAGACAAGAACGCUGAAGUGCCUGAGUACUGCAUCGAUGCCAGCCCUGUUGGGAACAUUGCAAGAUUUAUCAAUCAUAGCUGCCAACCGAAUCUCUUUGUCCAAUGUGUUCUGAGCUCACACCGUGACUUCAAAAUGGCCAAAGUUAUGUUGUUUGCUGCCGACACAAUUCCUCCGAUGGAGGAGCUCACUUAUGAUUAUGGAUACCGUUUGGAUAGUGUAGUGGGACCCGAUGGAAAUAUCGUAAAAAUGCUAUGCUAUUGUGGAGCCACAGACUGCAGAAAACGUUUGCACUAAAUGAUCAAGGCCGAGGUUUUUUUCUUCUUCGUUUGCACACUUUUAUUAAGUCUCAGCUAAUUUUGGGAGAAGGAUAAGAAGCCGUUAAGCUAAAUACCACCAACUGCUUUUGGGAGUAUAUUUUGCUGAUCUGUAACAAGCCCAGGGCCAUAAUUUCUGCUUCAUUAAUGUUUUUUGUAAUUGUGCAAAAUUGUGUAUGUAGCCGCGAUGAUCUUAUCAAUGUAUUAGGAAAGCAGUGUAUAUUACAUACAAACUGUAACCAAUGGCGUAGCCUGUUUCAAGCAUGUAGAUUUUGGCUCAUAGAUUUUUUAUUCUGCUCAGCGGAGAAGCUAUUUUGAGAAACUGGGCUAGAUAGAUAAUUUAAUGAUGAUGAUUACUGAUAGAAAACUCUUCAACUCUUUGUUGUACGAUUUGAUUUCGUAAUGGAUUGUUAGCUUAUCAUUCAUUUUGUUG